CGCGGUCUCAACGUCCCUGUUUGAUCCGUGACGCAGCGGUGUUUUUCCGACCACCGAUUCUCCCGGCCUCGCGUCGCGGGCGGGCGGGCUUUUCGAUCGAUCGAUCGCCGGCGAGACCGGGCGAUUCGUGCGUCUGGUGAGUUCGGAAUCCGAUCGCGUUUCUAUGUUUAGCGAUCUGUUGGUGGGGCGGCGGUGUUGAAUCGUCGUCGUGCUCGCGCGCGCAUCGCGAAGGUCGGAGCGUGCCCGAGCGCUUCUGUUUUCGACGGUAUACGAAGAAGAACCGAGGGAGGAAGGAAGGGAGGAGGAGGAAGGAGGCAUGUGAGGAAAGGAUGAGGAACGAGAUAGGGAAGCCGCUGAUCGUGUUGGUGUGCGGGAGCUUGGUGUACUACCACUGCGCCUACCGGAAUUCGAGCCUCGUGUCGCUCCUCUCCGACGUCCUCAUCGUGCUCCUCUGCUCCCUGGCCAUCCUCGGCCUCCUUUUCCGCCAGCUCAACAUCUCGGUGCCGGUGGACCCGCUGGAGUGGCAGAUAUCGCAGGACACGGCCAGCAGCAUCGUCGCUUGCCUCGCCAACACCGUCGGAGCCACCGAGUCUGUCCUUAGGGUUGCCGCCACCGGCCACGACAAGCGCUUGUUCGUUAAGGUGAUUGUUUGCCUUUACAUUCUGUCCGCUUUGGGGAGAUUGCUCUCUGGCGUCACCGUUGCUUAUGUUGGAUUAUGCUUGUUCUGUCUUUACAUGUUCGCCGAGUGCUCGCCCUCAAUCAGCACGUGCAUUGCCCGAUUCUUGAGGAGAAGUGGUGCUGCUGAGCAGGAUAACACGUAGCCAUUAAACCAUCUUGACCUAUAUCCAAUUCUUAUUAUACCCACUUCUUGGACCCUUAGUUUGUGACCGUACAUAUGUGACUGUUUUUCCCCCCCUUUUGGGGUGAGUGAAUAAAUGUUUUCGGCUACACACAGGAAACUUUGAGGUGCAAUUUUAUGUUUGGUCAUGAGUGCAACCGAUCGAUGUUAUUUUGAGGAGAAGUUGUCAGUCUUUAACUA